AUGGAGGCGGACGCCGCCCAGGCCGAGACGCCGCCGCACUCGGGGCCUGACCUGCAGCGGGGAAAGCCAGCCAGCCCCAGCCCGGCGCCCUCCUCCACCCCGAGCCCCAGCCUCCACCUGGGGAGCACCGAUGAGGCCAUCAGGGACAACGCACAGGUGAACGCCGUCACGGUGCUCACGCUCCUGGACAAGCUGGUGAAGAUGAUGGACGCGGUGCAGGAGAACCAGCACAAGAUGGAGCAGCGGCAGAUCAGCCUGGAGGGCUCGGUGAAGGGCAUCCAGAACGACCUCACCAAGCUCUCCAAGUACCAGGCCUCCACCAGCAACGCUGUGAGCAAGCUGCUGGAGAAGUCCCGCAAGGUCAGCGCUCACACGCGGGCGGUCAGGGAGCGCCUGGAGAGGCAGUGCGCGCAGGUGAAGCGGCUGGAGAGCAACCAUGCCCAGCUCCUCCGGCGCAACCACUUCAAAGUGCUCAUCUUCCAGCACGCCGUGGACCUCUCGUCGGAGGACGAGGCGCCGGGCGAGGAGGAGGCCCCGGGCGACAGCGCGGAGGAGGAGGCGGCGGAGACGCGCGCCGGGAGGCUGAAGCGGUCCAGCCUCCGGAAGGUGGACAGCAUCAAGAGGGCCUUCUCCCGCCAGAACAUCGAGAAGCAGAUGAACAAGCUGGGGACGAAGAUCGUGUCUGCCGAGAGGCGCGAGCGCAUUAAGAAAUCUUUUGCUUCCAACCACGAGAAAAGCUCCCCGUUCAGGGUCUCGCCCCUCACUUUCGGCCGGAAGAAAGUCCGAGAGGGCGAAAGCGCGGCCGAAAAUGAGGCCAAGUGGGCGGAUGCGCCCAGCCACGAGCAGGCGCCCCGUGACGGCGAGGAGAGCUCGUGGGCCGAGGGCCUUUCCCACGCGGCCCCGGGUGGCCGAGAAGAAGAGACGGAGCAGCUGAAAAACACUGAUCAGUUUAGCUUCGUCGGGAAAACCAGAAGCUACCUAAGAUCCUACUCAUGA